GCAAUCAGAAAAAGCAUGAAACCGAAGCAACGAGGAAACAACAUUUACAUAACCCCCUUCACUGCUUGACUCGAGUUCACUCACUCACUCACUCAGAAUGGCCGAGUCUUCCAUCAACGAUUUCCAUUCUAGCUAUCCCCAUCCAGAUUAUGCUGAGAUUGUGGUGGUGCGUCAUGGUGAAACAACGUGGAAUGCUGAUGGUAGAAUCCAGGGACACCUGGAUGUUGAAUUAAAUGAAACUGGAAGGCAGCAAGCAGCUGCAGUGGCUGUUAGGCUAUCCAGGGAACCUAAGGUCUCUGUUAUAUAUUCUUCUGACUUGCAACGAGCUUUUGAAACAGCACAGAUAAUUGCAUCCAGAUGUGGAGGGCUAGAGGUUGUCAAGGAUUCUGACCUACGGGAAAGAAACCUGGGGGAUCUUCAAGGCCUUGUUUAUCAUGAAAUAGCAAAAACUAAUCCCAUGGCUUACAAGGCUUUUGUGUCUAAAAACGAAGAUCAAGAAAUACCAGGCGGUGGAGAAAGUCUUGUUCAACUUUUUGAUCGCUGCUCAUCUGCAUUGCAGAGAAUUGGCACAAAGCAUAAAGGGGAGCGUGUAGUCGUUGUCACUCAUGGAGGAUUCAUCAGAUCACUUUACAAGUGGGCCUGCCCAAACGGAAGGCCUGCUGGGAAGAUACUCAACACAUGCGUGAAUGUUUUUCACUUGUAUGGUGAGGACAAAUGCACCUUAAAAGUGUGGGGUGAUGUUAGCCAUCUAAGCCAAACUGGAUUUCUGGAGUCUGGUUUUGGGGGUGAUAAAAAUUCUGGUUAGGUCAUUGUUUUCCAUCCAAAGGUAAUAAAGGUUUGAUUGUUUCCCAUCCAAAGUUAGCAAAGGUUUUAGAGGAAGAAGAGCGGAAAGGACUAUUAAGCCGGGAUGCUAAAUAUGAUUUAGGGCCCCAUCAUGUGAAAUACUUAUAUUUUAUAUCUUAGUACAUAAAUAUUUUGUCACCAUGUAAGGAUGUGCCUAAAGUCCUAAACUAUAUUAUUUUGUGGCGGGGGUGCACCAAUCUGCGUUACAGAAUUUCUUUUUAAAUAUAUUCAUCUGUUUAAUGGACUGAUGAAUGCGAUGGUGCACUUCCCAUGUUAGUAUUAUUGUUUAGGGACAGCUUAGCCAUUUUGUAUGAUUACA